AUGGACUUCUAUGGCACGGCAGUGACGGCCAUCACCCAGGUCUACCAGGUCACCGUAUUCAUCCAGGGAGUCAUCUCCGACGUCAAGGCCUUUGACGACGACCGAGCCGAGAUUCGACUCCAGCUCAAUGUCCAACUAUCCACCCUUCUCUUUUUCAAACGCACUUUCUUCCACCCCGAACAUGGACUGAUGCUUCCGGGCAAAGUGGACCCCUUCAUUGCCGACACGGUGGAAGGGCUGCUGGUGCAGAUGAGGAAGACACUGGCCGAGUAUGAAAUCUUGGCAGCCAAGUACGGCCUCGUGGAUGAUGAGUACACCAUCGAACCCGAGAAGCCCAAAGCCCAGGAGUCGCUGCUGGAACGCGCCAGGAGUAAGGCCAGGUCGCUCAAGCUCAAGGGGUAUGACUGGUCGCUCUUCGAUAAGAAGAAGCUGAAUCGCAUAUUAGAGGCGUAUACCCGGUGGUCCGAGGAUCUGCGCAAUCUCAUGCAGCACAUGUCGCAAGAUACGCUGGCGAAGCUAGCCGAAAGCGACCGUUCAGGAUUGAAAAGCAGUGGCCUCGAACCGGUCAUGAAGCGGCGCAUGCUGGCCGAGACAACGGCGCCGGCGAACUAUCACAGUUUGGCUGGUACUCUCACGGAAGAAGGAAAAUCAACAGGCGGUUUCCGACUGGGGAAAUGGUCUUCGUCCGGAGCGGACGCAGCCGACGUGAUUGUCGAGUAUCAUGAGUAUGAGAGCAUGCUCAAAAGCGACGAUCUGGAACCAGACGAAAUAGACGAACUCAAAGAACCCAUUCGCAACCUGGCCUGGCUGCUCCAAAGCACCACCUUCGCUAGCACAUCACCCGACUCUCUUGACCAGCCCAAGAUCUAUGCACUGGAAUGUCUCGGCUUCAUCGACCAGCCAGCCGAGGAACGCAGCGUCUUCCUCUAUAAACUUCCCCCGUCCGAGUCACCCACCGCGGCAUCCCUCACCACCCUGCAUUCCUUUAUCAACGCAGUGGAUCCUGCCAAGCAAAGGCCAGUGAAGAAGCCUUGCCUCAAUGACCGCUUCAGCAUGGCGCAUACUCUCGCCUUGACCCUGUCCAAUGUUCACGCCUCCGCUUGGGUCCACAAGAACAUCUGGAGCAGGGGAGUCCUUCUGUUCCUCGAGACGUCUUCAGGGGUCAGCACGUCAGGGCUGUACGAGCAUCGCCUUGGUACAGUUGGCCCUGGAAGUAGAAUCGUCUCGUACCUCAGUGAUUGGGGCUACGCACGCUCUGUCCAACAGGGCACAGACAUGCAGUCUGAUUUUGAGGUCGAGCCUAAUCUCUACCGUCAUCCGAACCGGCAAGGGCGUCCGACGCAGCAAUUCAGCCGACUGCACGAUAUCUAUGCACUAGGUGUGGUCCUUUUGGAAAUCGGGCUGUGGGCCACCCUGUCACGGUUGAUGGAGGCGCACAUCCGAGAGGCAGAGAACAGCGGGCGACUGCCGAGGCCGAAGAAAGUUGUCGAGACUUUGAUGACGUUGGCGUCACAGGGCUUGCCGAAAGAAAUGGGAGUGGGCUAUACGAUGGCCGUGCUGACUUGCCUGAAGGGUGAUUUUAGAGGGACGGACGGACCAGCCCUCGCGGUGGAUUUUCAGGAGAAGGUGGUGGAUGUACUGAGAGCGGGUGUAGAACUAUAA